AUGGACGAGAUUAAUCGAUGGGCAGACAUUGAUGAAGAUUUGUUGAAAGAAAUUUCAAAACGGUUCCAUGCCUACCAUGAUUACAUCCAACUUCGAUUUGUUUGCAAACAGUGGCGCUUGAAACUUCCAAAGAUUCCCAAUGAAAACAAAAUUCCGUGGUUAUUGUUACCUGACGAAACCGUCAAGAAUCAUUCUGACGAAGACAAGGAGAUUCAUCAUCUCAUGCAAUUAGGCGUUGCAGAUGAUGAAACUCUUGAUACUUGCGCCCUUGAAGAGAAAAACAUUUACCAUAUCAUGCUGCCAGAAAUGCAGUCCUACGACAAGUUAAUUCGCGGUUCUUGUCAUGGAUGGUUAAUUGUCGUAUCCAUAUCCGAUGGCACUAUCCAAAUGUUAAAUCCAUUUACAAAUCGUAGAUUGGAUCUUCCUCCAAUCUCAACUUUACCCGAUGUAAUUGAUUACCAGCCUGAUAAUCAUGGGAAUGAAUACACACUGUUGGAUUAUGAUGACGUUACGAUGACCGAGGAAAGAGAUGAAGUUCAUAGAUUGCAUGUUGUUAAGGUUAUUAUAAACUCAUCUCCUGAGUAUGACAUUGAAAAUUUUGUGGCGGUGGUGAUAUUCGGACCUUAUUACCGGAGGCUGGCCUUUUACAAGCCUGGCAAUAUGAGAUGGACAAGAUCAGGGCUUAAGGGAGGAAUCCAUGAAAGCAGACCUCCAUCUGAAAUUCCCCUAGGCCCUGUCAAGUCUAAAUAUCUUAUCGGGUGCGCCAAUGGAAGCUUAUUGAUGUUGGUAAGACACACAGGGAGAAAAGGCGAAGAAUUUGAAACUCUUAAAUUCGAUAUCUAUGAGUUAAAAAGAAACAGAAAAGAAUGGUCAACGAUAGAUAAUUUAGGUAACUCCAUACUAGUGAUUGGAUUUAAUUCUUCUGUUCAAAUUCCUGUGCCUUCUCUAAGCAAAGGAAAUCAGAUUUGGUUUACAGAUAACCAAAUAGAUCUGCAAUCAUCAUUUUACCGUCCGGUUGCUCAAGAUAUCGGCAUCUUCGAUUUGGACUAUGGAAAUUUCCAGAGAGUAUUGCCAGAAGUGAAGUUCUUUUGUCCUCCUCUUCGGUUGUUACUCUAA